AUGGCUUUUGAUGAUAAAUAUGAAACCUUUAGGUUGGGAGACUGGACUCUGCAGAGCGGAGAGACAAUCCCAAACGCCCACAUCGCCUUCAAGGCGUUCGGAGAUCCUAGCUUGCCAGCGGUUGUCUAUCCAACUUGGUAUUCUGGCUUGAUAUCCCACAACUUCUGGCUGAUCGGAGACGACAAGGUGCUCAAUCCUAACAAGUACUUCAUCAUCAUUCCCGCCCUGUUUGGCAACGGCCAAUCUUCUUCUCCUUCAAACACUGGUAUACGGCCAUUCCCACGUGUGUCAUUCUACGACAAUGUGAGAGCGCAAUAUGAGCUUGUCACACAGCAUUUCAAGAUCGGCCAUCUCCGUGCGGUGGUGGGUUGGUCUAUGGGGGCUGGGCAAGCUUUCCAGUGGGCAUCGCAAUACCCUGACUAUAUGGAUUUGAUCGUUCCAUUUUGUGGCUCGGCGAAGACGUCCUUCCAUAACCAGGUCUUUCUCGAGGGGAUAAAAAGCGCCCUGCUUGCCGCAAAGGGAUUUACAUCCUCAGGCUCGGGGAAGAUUGGCGUGGCACUUAAUGGAGGUCCAUAUCGUGAGUGGACGCCUGAGGAGCGAGAAGUUGGAUUGAAAGCGUUUGCGAGGGUGUACGCUGGCUGGGGUUUCAGUCAAACAUUCUAUCGCCAGAGGCUGUAUGAAACAGUUCUUGGAUACAAAAAUCUCGAGGAAUUCUUGCAAAAAUUCUGGGAAGGCCACUUUGCACCAAAAGACCCUGAUGACCUUCUUGUCAUGCUCCAAACGUGGCAAAAUGGGGAUAUAUCGCAACAGAGUCCAUACAACGGAAAUUUUGAAGCUGCACUUAAGGGUAUCAAAGCACGCGCUUUAGUCCUACCUGCGAAGACGGACUUAUACUUUCCCCCUGAAGACUCGGAGUAUGAGGUUGCCAACAUGCGUGCAUCUGUUGGUGAGAUGGAUGUUUUCCCGUCGAUUUGGGGUCAUUGGGCUGGAGGGCCAGGAGAUAGUAAGGAAGAUGUGAAAUGGCUCAACGAUAAAAUGGCUCUGUUUUUCAAAGAAGUCCCUGAAAGACAGAUGGCAAUUCCACCUCCCGUGAGUGGAUUAGAGGAACUGAAAAUUUAG